AUGCAACGUGUCGGAAGUGCAAAACAAGGAAGUAUAUUGGAUAAAUCAUUGAGUAGAGGCAAAACGGAGGUAAAUUUUUCCUCGUUUGCCCUAUUAUUUGCGGAGAUGAUACGAUACGCGAAUAAUCGAUCUAAUACAGUUGGUGAUCUGCAAGAUAAGCUUUUAGGCUAUGGGAAAUUUGUUGGAAGUCGACUGCUAGAUGUUAUUGUGUUGCGAGAGAAAGGUUACAAGCGUGAGAUUAAAUUAUUAAAUAUGCUAAUGUUUGUCAAAGGAACUAUCUGGAAGAAUUUAUUUAACAAAGAAGCUGAUAAGCUAGAGCGAAGUAAUGAUGAUCCAUGCCAGUAUUUAUUGAUUGAAAAAGAGCCUAUUGUAAACACAUAUAUAUCUGUACCGAAAGACAAGGGAAAUUUAAAUUGUGCAUCAUUUAUUGCUGGCAUCAUUGAAGCAGUUUUGGAGGCAAGUAAUUUUCCAUGUAAAGUUAGUGCACAUUGGCAUGAUGGUACCACUUAUAUCAUUCAAUUUGAUAGGCUUGUUAUUGCACGAGAAAAUUCACUUUUGGAAUUGACGCGUUAA